UUGGUGGUUCCACCCUCUUCGGGCCCCGUCCGCGGUUUCCACGUUCCGGUGGCUCCGUCUUCGCGCGUCGCAGCGUUUUUGGGCAUCCCUUACGCCGAACCACCCGUUGGACCUCUUCGUUUCGCUCCUCCUCGACCCGCCCGACCUUGGCUUGGAGUUUUGGAAGCAUCUUCUUACCCUCAUGCUUGUUUCCAACCUGUGGACACUAUGUUUCCUGGAUUUGGAGGAUCAGAAAUGUGGAAUCCCAACAGAGAAAUGAGUGAAGAUUGUUUAUAUCUUAACGUUUGGGUACCAGAACCAAAACCUUCCAAUCCAGCUCCGGUUUUGGUUUGGAUUUACGGAGGAGGAUUUUAUAGCGGAGCAGCUUCGCUCGACGUCUACGACGGAAGGUUCUUAGCCCAAGCCGAAAAAGUUUUGGUGGUUUCCAUGAAUUAUCGUGUCGGAGCUUUGGGAUUUUUAGCCUUACCAGGUCACCCCGAAGCUCCAGGCAACGUUGGACUCCUCGAUCAACGUUUGGCUUUACGUUGGGUCCAAACCAACAUCGCUUCCUUCGGUGGAGAUCCCAAUUCCGUCACUCUUUUCGGAGAAAGCGCCGGAGCCGCGUCGGUCGGCUUACACCUCCUCACCGGCGCGGGCGGUUCGCUUUUCCGUCGCGCCAUCUUGCAGAGCGGGUCACCCAACGGACCUUGGGCUACGGCCGAGGUGUUAUUGGGAGCUGUUCAGGAUGAAGGGACUUAUUUUUUGGUUUAUGGAGUUCCAGGUUUUGGGAAAGAUAAUGAAAGUUUGAUCAGUCGGGAGGAAUUUUUGGGUGGGGUGAGGUUGGGGGUUCCUCAAGCUAACGAGUUGGCCGCCGAGGCCGUAGUGUUGCAGUACACGGAUUGGUUGGAUCAGGAUAACCCAGUGAAGAACAGAGAGGCCUUGGAUGACAUCGUGGGUGACCACAACGUGGUGUGUCCACUCAUGCACUUCGCUCAGCGUUGGGCGGAACGCGGCGGGACGGUCUACGCUUACUUGUUCGAUCAUCGAGCGUCCAAUUUGCUAUGGCCGCCGUGGAUGGGAGUUCCUCAUGGCUAUGAGAUUGAGUUUGUCUUUGGGCAACCCUUGAACCCAGGGCUGAACUACACGGCUGAGGAGGAGGAAUUGAGCAGGAGAAUCAUGAGAUAUUGGGGCAAUUUUGCCCGGACGGG